CCCCUGGGUUAGUUUAGCUUAGAACGUCGCCGAGUGCGGACCGCGCUCGUCGGGAGUCCUAGAGCUAGAAAAACCCUUUUCCGGUGGUCACUUUGGGAAGCUAGCUAGCUUCCUUCCGGUUUGACCUCCGCAGUUAGUUAGUCGGUCGCGAUUUUUGGUUGCCCUCUCGCCCAACUGUAAUUUUUAUAUAACCGUUCGAGAUUCGGAGAGUGAUUCAGGCAGUUAUUGCAGUGUUCAAUCCGAAGUGUGUGUGCAGUGUAAGCCCAAAGAAAAAGGACGCUUACUGGUGAAGUGAAAUACGCCAGGCGCCACCGAAAAGUUGCUGUUAAUGGAUUUUCAGUGGUAAACCAGUAACGCAAAAUCGGAUAAAAUGAGUAAAUUUUAUGCGAUUUUUAUGCUAAUCAUUCUGAUCGUAGUCACAGUCGAGCCAGGUCAUAGUAUCAAGUGCUUCAACUGUGAUUCGACCAGCAAUGAGGAGUGCACUGAGAUCAACAAAAACUCCGGAAUCGUAGCGGAGCAAUGUACCCCGAGUAAAAUGGCAGCGACUACCGGCAAUUGGCUUGCUGACUUGACCCGAAUCGAAUACUUUGGAGGAGCGGAGAUAACCGUCCCGAUGGUAUGCCAGAAAAUUGUGGCCACUAACGAAAAUGGCGACACAAUGACCUUUCGUGGCUGCCAGCUGGACGGAGGCAAGACAGACCCAUGCCAGAUCGCACUUGGUAAGGCGAAGCUGCAGACCAACGUCGACAUCCAGCACUGUUCGAUCUGCAAGAACGAUGAAUGCAACGGCGCUAUUGUUCCAUUCAGAGGUCGCACAUCGUUUUGUUUAGCCGCAAGCGUUACAAUGCUGGCAAUGGCUCUUACCAAUAAACUAUUAUUUUAAGGUUGUGUUCGCUUUAUGGUAGAAAUUCGUAGAUUGAAACAUAGCGGAAUAGAUCGGUUUUUAUAUGACAUACAAUGAUAUCCAAUAAUAGCGAACAGAAUAAACUAAUAAAUAUGCAUUAUCUAAUCUACCAGUGUAAAUAACCAUGCAAUAUUUAAGCAAGCUUGCUGAAUUUUCUAAUCUAACCGAAGAAGUGUUUAUGGCAGUGUUCUUAGACGUCUUCAGUGUUUCAAAAAUAACAAUAUUAAUAAUAAUAAACCAUGAAUAAACAAUGCUUGAAGAUAGUUUAGUGUAAAAAGUAAAUGUAACCUAACGUAUAUUGAGAGUAUAAAAAAAUUGCGCAUAUUCAAGAGUAUUUAAUACUUAUUCACGCAUAGGCCUUUAUUGUAUACCCUUAAGGGAAUGUACAUUUUGUUUUAGGCUAAGAUACUCAUUUGGUACAUGUUGUCUACUGGGCAAUGAAAGGAUUCUAUGAAUUAAAAACAAAAUAUACAUUAACAUACAAUACCUAACGUUAGGAUAAGCCUAUCUGUAAAGAAAAAUUCAAUCAAUCUAAUCAAACGAUUAAGAAUACUUUAACUUUAACUAACCAUUGUUAAAAUUCAGCGGACGAUCGUCAACGUUCAGAACUAGAUUCGAUCGUUAACAUAUGCCGUCGAUCUGCAACGAUAUAUGAAUAAAAAUAAAACUAAACUGUUUGAUUUUCUUCUCCGCACCUACAGCAAAUAUGUUAUGCUAUUGAAUUAUCAAAAAAAUAUAUCUUUAAUCAAACUAUACUUAUUAAAUUUUAAAAACAUACUCAAACUAGAGCGCAAAUCAAGCAAUAGUUGAUAAGCAUUUGUUUGCAAGUCAGUGAUUUUUCUUAGGCUUUCUAUCAUGAUUAACAUUAUCACUAACAAUAUGCAAAACACAUAGCAACAACUGACAAAUAAUGGAAUUAUGGUUAGUGAAUCUUGAACGGAGAAGAAGUAGUUUACGUAUAAGCAAACUUUAUAUUAUGAUUAUUCUUGAAAGGUACGUUACAACUAAUCUGCAUACUCACAUUUCACUAACAGUUAUUUCAACACUAAACUUCUUCAGUAAUAAAAACAACAACAAUAACCGCAAAUACAGAAACUUUCACACAUAUACAAUCCACAAUUAUGUUAGACACCCCGCAGUAACAAUAGCGCCGGUAAACAAAAAUGAGAAAAAUAAAAUUGCACUUUUACCAAGGUACGACCACACAA